GCUGCCGCCGCGCGGUGCCUGCGGGCCCUUUAAGGGAGCGGAGCGGCCGCUAACCGGAGCGUUUGGGCUGCGGAGGAGGGUUGAGGCCUCGGGGACCGGCUCCUCAACCGAGCGGGUGAAUGGCGGCUGUGGAUGACCUCAAGUUUCAAGAAUUUGAUGAUGCAGCUAAUUUGCUUGCAGCAAAUCCUGAUGCCACCACGAUAAGCAUCGAGGAGCCAGCUGAAGUCCCCAAGAAUCAGCACAGCCGUCUGCAUCAGCCAGGGAGAGAAGAGGAUGAUGAGUUACUGGGGACUGAUGACUCGGAUAAAACAGAGCUGCUUGCAGGACAGAAGAAAAGUGCUCCUUUCUGGACAUUUGAUUACUACCAGACAUUCUUUGAUGUGGACACAUACCAGGUCCUGGACAGAAUCAAAGGUUCAUUUUCCCAGUACCAGGGAAGAACUUUGUAAGGCCUGUAUAUCCGCAGCAAUCCUGACCUCUAUGGUAGGUCCCUUUGGAUAUGUGCCACGCUGGUCUUUACCAUUGCUGUUAGUGGCAAUCUCUCAAAUUUCUUCAUCCAUCUGGGCAAGCCAACAUACCACUAUGUGCCCCAGUUUCAGAAAAGGUUUGUAAUGUCUAUAGCAGCAACAACGAUUUAUGCAUAUGCUUGGCUUGUGCCCCUUGCUCUCUGGGGGUUCCUGAUGUGGAGGAACAGUAAAGUUAUGAACAUUGUUUCCUACUCCUUCCUGGAGAUCUUGUGUGUGUAUGGAUACUCCCUCUUCAUUUACAUUCCCACCGCGAUUUUAUGGAUCAUUCCACAAAAAGUGGUGCGCUGGGUCCUGAUGAUGUUCUCCUGGGCUCUCGGGUCUGUCCUGGUGAUGACCUUUUGGCCUGCUGUCCGCGAUGACAGGAGGAUUGCGCUGGCAACUGUGGGCACCGUUGUUCUGCUUCAUGCCCUGCUGUCUGUUGGCUGUUUGGCAUACUUUUUUGAUGCCCCUGAACUGGAUUUUCCUGCACCUAAUCCUGCUCACAAUGGAACAGCAGUAGUAACAAAGAGUCAGUAA